AUGGCCGGGGAAACGGUGGUUAUCGGCUCGCGGGACGCCGUUCGGGCCCAGGAAGCUGCGGACGAAUUGCUGGCCCUGGCCCCUGGCGCUGCCAUAUCCGGAGCGGUGAAUCCGGAGGCCGCCGCGGAGUCUGAUGUGGUGUUUCUGACCAUGCCCUACAACGGCAUGUCGCCCACCAUCGCCGGCGUCGGGGACGCGCUGGACGGCAAGGUUGUCGUAACCGUGAUCGCCCCGAUGCGGUUCGAACGCGGCGUCGGAGCCAUCGCCGAAGAAGUGGAGACCGGCUCGGCGGCGCAGGAAGCCCAGGCCGCGGCUCCGGCCUCCAAAGUCGUCGCUGCCUUCCAGAAUGUAUCCGCCGAGGAGCUGUUGAAGCCGGGGGUCACGCUGGACGAGGAUGUGGUCAUCUGCGGCGAUGACGCGGACGCCAAGCAGGCGGUGGUCGGCCUGACCCGGAAGAUACCCAACCUCCGCCCCGUGGAUGCCGGCGCCCUCUACAACGCCAAGUACGUGGAGCAGAUCACCCCUUUGCUGGUCAACAUCAACCGACGCUACCGUGCCCAUUCUGGAGUGCGGAUCACCGGUGUGUGA